CCUGCGGACAUGCUGCGUGUCCUGCAUCAGUUCCCCACACCGAGAGGCGACGUGUGAGUCCACUGAGCGCCGUCAUGGGCAAAAGAGGCCCCGGGGCCACUUCAGUGUCAGCGCUCUCACGACACGACCUCAGGGGUCCAAAUGAGCAGGGGCGGCGGCGGUGGACUCAGCUCGGACGCACAGUUGUGAAACACUAUGAUGUCAAAAGGUACAGCGUCUGAGGGUCUCUGGGCGCCGCAGUGAGAGCCAUGGAUCACUUAUUCCGGAGAAAGCGGGUCGGUCUGCUGAAGCCCCUGCUGAGUCUGUCUCUGGUCUUCGCCUCUUUUCUCAUGAUCCACAAGCUGAAACUGGCAGAGAAGGACGGAGUGGGAGUCAAGCACGCGAGGGAUGCCGGCUGGUGCGGAUCCGAGUGUUUUUCAUUCAAGAAGGGGGUCGUGAAAAAUAUUUUGGGGAGCUCGGUCUCUCCAGCGCCGAGCAACGAUUUGGACGCGCAGAGGGUCUCCAACGGGACCCCGGCUUCCUGGGACGCACAGGUUCUCAACUGCAGCGAGGACGCGUCGGUGAGGACCAAGGACUGGUUCCGGCGCUUGGACCCGAGAUUUCACCAGUUUGUCCUGCACCGACACUGCAGGUACUUCCCCAUGCUCAUCAACCACCCGGAGAAGUGCGCGGAUGGAGAGGUGCACCUCCUCAUGGUGGUCAAGUCCGUUAUCGAGCAGCACGACCGGCGGGAGGCGGUGCGCAAAACCUGGGGCAAGGAACACACGGUGGAUGGGAAGAAAAUCAAAACUUUAUUUCUUUUAGGGAGCCCGACGACCGGCAAAGACACCAAAAACCUCCAGAAACUGAUCGAGUACGAGGACCUGAUCUACGGGGACAUCCUUCAGUGGGACUUCAUGGACACCUUUUUCAACCUGACCCUGAAAGAGGUCAACUUUCUCAAGUGGUUCGACAUCUACUGCUCCGGCGUGCGGUUCAUAUUCAAAGGAGAUGAUGAUGUGUUCGUGAACACUCACAACCUGCUGGAGCUCAUCGGCUUCAAGGUGGAGGAGCGCAAACAGGCCGACUUGUUUGUGGGGGACACCAUCUCCAAGGCGAUCCCCAUCCGAAACCGGCAGAGCAAAUACUACAUCCCCAAAGAGCUGUACGAUAAGCCAUACCCCCCGUAUGUCGGAGGUGGGGGGUUUCUAAUGUCCUCCCAGCUGGCCAGGAGGCUCUUCGUGGUCUCGGAGGACCUGGAGCUGUACCCGAUUGACGACGUGUUUUUGGGGAUGUGCCUGCAGAAGCUUCACUUGGCCCCAGAGAUGCACCCGGGCUUCAGGACCUUCGGCAUCACCAGGCGCAGGGUGAGCCCCAUGAACAGCGAGCCGUGCUUUUACAAAAACCUCAUCAUGGUGCACAAGCUGAGCGCGCGGGAGCUGCUCAGGAUGUGGAGCGUGGUGCACAGUCAGGAACUGAUCUGCGCGCAAAGAACCUCCAUAUGACCGCCGACAGAUGAUGAGCUGUUAGUGGGACCACACAGAGGACUGAUCAGACAUGAUGAUCUGGACUGGAUCUGCUGAGACAUGUAGUGGGGGGGCUCUGUCGGACAUAUUUCCAUCAACACAGUGGUUUUACCAACUCAACAUGUGAUGAUGCUCACGUAUGUUGAAAACUUUCUGUAUGUCAGAUUAAAGCAGGGGAGCUCUCGUGAACAGGUUAGAUUCUCUGUCCUCGAGCCCUACUCCGCAUUUUCCAUUUUGUGAAACCACUAACAUGCAGCCCCACAGUGCGCACGCAGCCGGAGGAAGACUCUAGGCCUCUUCCUCUUGGUGCCAUUUCCAGAUGGGAGUUCCUUCACUGUGAAUCUGGCUUCCAGUGUCGAUGCAGAGGCAUGGGUGUGAUGGUUGUAGUGCGUGUUUGUGCAGGCGUGAAUAAGACUUGACUUGUUACAUCCAGGUGUUCCUCUGAAACUGCUGAUUUUAUCCACAAUUUGACUGAUUUCAGGAGCUCAGUGUGACUGUCAAAGUGAAUCUGUGGGCUCACAGCACGCAGCACGGAGCAAACAUGCAUUCAUAGUGGAGUCGUUGUUUAGAGUACUGACAUUGUACAAAUCAAAUGGUUUGAUUUUUGUAAGUUAAUAUAUUGUUUCAUCUUUUAUUGUAUUUUUUAAGAGUUAAUUCAUAUGUGUCUGAUUUGCAGAAAACCAAAGAAACCAAAAGGGCUGUAAUGAUUUUUAUGUAGAUUUAUGUAUGAUAGUGUAAA